GCGGGCUCAGGGGCGGGGCUCUGAGCUGGACCGGGGCGGGGCCGCAGGAGCUGUAGGUGUUGCAGCUGGGUAGAGACAGGUGCGCGAGGCAGAGCGCCUGCGACCCGUGGCAGGGCUUGUAGCAGCUCAGAGAAAAGACUGCUUUUAGCCAGGUUUUUCAGUAUCUGUAGACAAGAUGGAAUCAACUCCAUUUAAUAGACGGCAAUGGACUUCACUGUCAUUGAGGGUAACGGCCAAAGAACUUUCUCUUGUCAACAAGAACAAGUCAUCUGCUAUUGUAGAAAUAUUCUCCAAGUACCAGAAAGCAGCUGAAGAAGCAAACACGGAAAAGAAGAGAAAUAAUACUGAAAACCUCCCGCAGCCCUUUAGAAGGGGGAUCCUGACUGUGUUGAAGAAGAAGUGGGAGAACCCAGGGCUGGAAGCAGAGUCUCACACAGACCCCCUGCGGAACAGCAGCGCUGAGGUCAGGCACGGAGGCAACCAUCCUCCCGCUGAAGUGGCAAGCAGCUCUGCCUCUGGGACCGAAGCUGACCAAGGGGAACGUGUCCGUGCCAGACCUAGACUUGGAUCACCUCCUGAAGCCCUUUUUCAGUGUCAGUAUCCACGCAUCGAGGACAGUGCGCAUCUUAAAGACCCCUCCACAGAAAGUAAAAAAAUGGAAAAUUGUCUAGGAGAAUCCAGGCAUGAAAUAGGAAAACCGGAAAUCAGUGAAAACACAGAAGCUGCAAACAAAAUAGAAAAAUACAAUGUUCCGCUGAACAGGCUUAAGAUGAUGUUUGAGAAAGGUGAACCAACUCAGACCAAGGUCCUUCGAACCCAAGGCCGAAGUGCAGGUGGAAGGAGGAUCUCUGAAAACAGCUGUUCUCUGGACGAUUUGGAAAUAGGCCCAGGUCAGUUGUCAUCUUCUACGUUCAACUCAGAGAAAAUCGAAAGCAGGCGAAAUCUGGAGUUGCCACGCCUGUCAGAAACCUCCAUAAAGGAUCGAAUGGCCAAGUAUCAGGCAGCUGUAUCCAAACAGAGCAGUUCCAGCAACUAUACAAAUGAAUUGAGAGCCAAUGGUGGUGAAAUCAAAACUCAUAAAUUAGAGCAAAAGGAGAAUGUGCACCCAGGUCCCGAGGUCUGCAGCUCCCAUCAGGAUGGUGAAAAGGCUUCGGCGACCGAGAAUAGCCUGGCAGCCCAGUCCACCCCUGCUAAAGAUGACUCCCAUAAGCAUUUGUUCUUAGAGCUGGGGGGUAACUCCCAGGUUAAGAGUGAGGUUCAGCAGCCUGUCCAUCCCAAGCCACUAAGUCCAGAUGCCCAAGCCUCCAGCCUUUCUGAAAGUUCUACUCCCAAAGCAGUGAAGAAGUUUCAGGCCCCUGUGAGAGAGACCUGUGUCGAAUGUCAGAAGACAGUCUACCCGAUGGAGCGUCUCUUGGCCAACCAGCAGGUGUUUCACAUCAGCUGCUUCCGUUGCUCCUAUUGCAACAGCAAACUUAGUCUAGGAACAUAUGCAUCCUUACAUGGGAGAAUCUAUUGCAAGCCUCACUUCAAUCAACUCUUUAAAUCCAAGGGCAACUAUGACGAAGGCUUUGGGCACAGACCUCACAAGGAUCUGUGGGCAAGCAAAAAUGAAAAUGAAGAGCCUUUGGAGAGACCAGACCAUCCUCCAAGUACAGGGGAGACCCCUCACAGCCCAGGAGUAGAAGAUGCCCCCAUUGCUAAGGUGGGUGUACUGACUGCAAGUAUGGAAGCCAAGGCCGCCUCUCAGCCGGAGAAAGAGGACAAGCCGGCUGAAACCAAGAAGUUGAGGAUCGCCUGGCCGCCCCCCACUGAACUUGGCAGUUCAGUGACUGCCGUGGAGGAAGGGAUCAAAGUAUCCAAACCCAAAUGGCCUCCAGAGGAUGAAGUCAGCAAGCCUGAAGCUCCUGAGGAUGUCGAUCUAGAUCUGAAGAAGCUAAGACGAUCUUCUUCACUGAAGGAAAGGAGCCGCCCAUUCACUGUGGCAGCUUCAUUUCGAACUGCCUCCGUCAAGAACUCAAAAACCUUGUCCUCACCUAUCAGGAAAGGCUGGAGCAUGUCAGAUGAGUUUAUAGGAGGAGUAGCAGCUGAAAGAAAACAAGUAGAAAAUGCCAACACCUCCGAAAAGAAUGGGAGUGUGGGAAAAACAACUUGGCGAGACAAGGAAUCUAACGAAGGGGAGACAAGGAGAAGUAAGGAAGUUCAUGGUUUUGAGAUGGGGACUGACAGUCUUGUAGAAAAUGGUGCAAACUUAGAUGAAGAUGAUAGAAACCUUUUCAAACAGCAGUCUCCACUAGAAGCCAAGUCUACAGAUUGGUCCAGCUUUGUAGACACCACCACCAAUGAAGAAUUCACUGCUCAGAAUCAGAAAUCUCAGGAUGUGGGAUUCUGGGAUGGAGAGGUAGUUGAAGAGCUGUCUGUGGAGGAACAGAUAAAGAGAAAUCGGUACUACGAUGACGGUGAGGAUGAGGAAUGAUAAAAUGUAAUGGUGCUGGGCCUUAAAUUUAGUGUUAGCGUUAGUAAGCCACUGCCCUGUAUCAAAGUGAUGCAUGUAAACAGGUAUCAGCAUGAACAGUAAUUUAUGUGGAAGUAACUUUGGAAAAGAGUUCUUGCUUCAGAAAAAUCCCAUACUGCAGCUUAAGUGAACCAAUUCUAAGUGCUAGAGACAAUAUUACUUAAAUCCUCUAUUUUAGUAAUGAUGAUAUACACAAGUUCUUUAAGGUCUUAUAAGGGGGAGGAAUAUUCCAACUGAUAUAGUCCAAUUCCACUGUAUUCCCCAAAGGCAAUAGGAAGAUAGAUGAUUAGUAGUACACUGUUACACUCAAAAUUCAAUUAUAGAAUUAGGGAACAUAUAGAAGGGAUUUAGGGACCUAAACAUUAUGACUGAAUGCACUUUAGUAUAAAGGGCACAGUUUGUGUAUUUUUAAAUGAAUACCAGUUUGUUUAGUGUUCAUCUAUUGAGAAAUCAAAUACUUAGUCUUUUAAAAAAUAAAUUUUAGGUUAAUUUUCUUACUUUGAUAUAUAUGGGGGAAUUAAUUGCUUUGCAUCCUGCUCUGUAAAUCACUUUCUGAACUGGAUUAUGGAGAUAUAACUUCUUUUUGGAGCACCUUUUGAGCACCUUUGGUGCUUGGAGAGAUCCACUGUCUCCCAAAUAAACUAUGGUAUUUGCCAGUGAGUUUGAGUACACCCCAAGUGACUGCCUUCUUCUUUGGUAGUAUCUGUGCUUCUCAUAAUUUGCAGAAAGCGAUGAUAUUUUUGUAAGAUCGUUUAUAUUGCCAUUUGCCAUGCUGCACAUUAGUGCAAAGUGAGGAAUUUAAAGGAGGAAUAACAGAAAAAACACCUUAAAUCACUUGAGCUUAGCCUCCAAGCUCUGCAGUUCACUUCUGAUAUCCCCUUUCUCAUACACUAGUGUUUUAAUACUUAUCAGCUUUGAAAUGUAUUGAUUUUUAUGGCAGACAGUAUCCCAGGGUGCAAUUAAACCAAUUAUAGGCCUUUGGUAGGGGGUGAGGGGGAUGUUUUCCUAGUAUUAAGGCUUUGGAAUAUUAUAAUUUGAGUACAUUUGUUAUACAUAAUUGAUAUUCCAAACUUUAUGUGGGAAAGAGGGGUUUUAAGCUAUAGGCUUUUCUUUGUACCGCAUUUUUAGCGAUUCAGUUCUAAUACAUUUUAGAGAUGUAAAAUAAUCUGCUUUCUUACAGUCUUGCUUUGUUUGAAACAUUUUCAUUCAAUAAAGCUUUUAAUUUACAUUUGGA